AUGUUCACAAGUAUAGCUAUGACCAUUGGUAUACUGGUAGUUUGUUUUACUGCAUCCAAAUCACCAGUUCCAAAAUGUGAACUUAAUUUUAAAGUAAUGGCCAACAAUCCAAUUGACUAUAAUUAUGAUCCACGAUCUGUCGCCAUAGGCGACUUCAACAAUGAUACUUGGCUGGAUAUUGCUGUUGCCAAUUAUGCUGCUGAUAAUGAUGGUCAAGCGGAUAUAACAGUGGCCAAUCAUGGUACUAAAAAUCUUGUAACGUUUUUGGGACGUGGAAACGGAACAUUUGAAAAUCAAGCAAGUUACGGAGUAAGUUUGAAUUUUGAUCCAUUAGUGGUUGGUGCUGGUAAUUUCGAUAAAGAUGAACGUUCAGAAAUUGUUGUCGCAUAUGAAGACAUGGAUAACGUAGAUGUGUUUGUUACAUAUGACACCGGAUCUUUUGGUCAUCAAAUAACAUAUAUAACUGGCUAUUGGUCAAAUUUUCUAGCUGUUGGGGAUUUUAAUAACGACACUCGAUUGGAUCUCGUUGUUGCUCAUGGACAAAACGAUAUUGUAAGUGUCCUUCUCGGAUAUGGGAAUGGUUCUUUUGCAAAUCAAACAAUAUAUUCAACUGGCUCUGGGCCACAGUCACUAGUUGUUAAUGAUUUUAAUAACGACAAUCGAUUGGAUAUUGUCGUCGCUAAUUAUUAUAACAACACUGUAAGUGUCCUUCUCGGAUAUGGAAAUGGCUCCUUUGCAAACCAAAUGAUCUAUUCAACUGGCUCUUACCCAAUUUUUGUAACUGUUGGUGAUUUUAACAACGACAACCAACUAGAUAUCAUCAUCGUUAAUUCUGGUUAUAGCACUGUAAGUGUCCUUCUUGGAUAUGGGAAUGGCUCUUUUGCAAAUCAAAAGACAUAUCCAACUGGCUCUGGACCAUCAUCUGUAGUUGUUGGUGAUUUUAAUCACGAUACUCGACUGGACAUCGUCGUCACUAAUUUUUAUGGUAAAAGUGUAAGUGUCCUUCUCGGAUAUGGGAAUGGUUCUUUUGCAAAUCAAAAGACAUAUUCAACUGGUUCUUCGCCAAGCUUUGUAGCUAUUAGUGAUUUUAAUAACGACACUCAUCUGGAUAUCGUCGUCGCUAAUUCGGGGGACAACACUGUAAGUUUCCUUCUUGGAUAUGGCAAUGGCUCUUUUGCAAAUCAAAAGACAUAUUCAACUGGCUAUUGGCCAAGCUCUGUAGCUGUUGCCGAUAUUAAUAAUGACACCCAUCUGGAUAUUGUUGUUGGUAAUGGGAAGAACAAAACUUUCAGUGUACUUCUUGGAUAUGGUAAUGGCUUUUUUGCAAAUCAAAUGAUAUAUUUAACUGGCUCUAACCCAUUUUCUGUAGCUGUCGGUGAUUUUAAUAAUGAUACACGGCUGGAUAUCGUCGCUGCUACUGCGAAUGGGAAUAGUGUUAGUGUACAUCUCGGGUAUUCGAACGAAAAUUUUUUAAAUCCAAUGAAGCUCAUAACUGGCAAUGGAUCUCGACCUAGGUCAUUCGCUAUUGGGGAUUUUAAUAAUGACGGUCAAAUAGAUAUUGUUGUUGCGAAUUCAGGCACUAACAACGUCGGUAUUUUUCUGAGAUAUGGCAAUGGUUCUUUCGCAAAUCAAAUGACAUAUUCAACUGAUUCCUCUCCAUGGUCUGUUGCUGUUGGUGAUUUCAACAAAGAUGCGAUACUUGAUAUUGUCGUCGCAAAUCAUGGCAAUGACAAUGUUGGUGUAUUUCUUGGAUGCUGUAAUGAUAUAUAUGAAAAAACAAAAAUCGAUGAAGAUGCAUCAUCGUCGGAUUAG